UACGAUGGUCGUACGCGGGGUCUAGGGCCGUACUCCAAGAAGCUGCUUAAGACUUGCUCCUGAUCGCGCAGCGCAGACAAGCGACGCGAUCGAUCGGCAAAUCGCCACCAUUCCGCUGGUAGGAACAAUCUGGGCAGCAGCAGCAGUAACAGAACGCGCAGGCGCGUCCACAGCGCCUUGAAUGCGCGCAUUUGUCCGGUUGCGCGCCUCUCCUCCCCAGCGCCGCUCCGAUUUCCCGACAGCCGCGAGAAAUCUCGAGCGAUCUCGCGCAGCAGUUCGAUCGGAUAAGGUCUGGUUAGGGUUCUUGAUCGUUUCCUCUUCUUCGUCGUCGUCGUCUAGCUGCUGUAGAUCGAUCAAUCGAUCGGUCAAAAUAUCGCAAAUGCCCGUGUGGUAAGGGGGAGAAGGAAUGGAAUCCAGGCGUGGCUCCGAUCUAGGCAGGGGCGGAUCCAAGAAUACCUUCGAGAUCCCGCACAAGGACACUCCAUUGGAAGUGCUCGAGUCGUGGAGAAAGGCCACGCUUGUGCUCAAUGCCUCGCGGCGCUUUCGCUACACUGCCAAUGUGAAGAAGAGGCGCGACGCCGACGAGAAGAGGCGGAAGUUUAAGACGACCGGGCAAGUCGUGAGGGCCGCGUUUCGAUUCAUCGAUGCUGGGAUCUCCGCUCCCGAUGUUACCACUGUCGAGGACGAGAAAGCAAAGCAGCACGGGUUCCAAGUUUCUCCAAAGCAACUAUCGUCACUGGGUGACAGGAGCGCUCAAGAGUCCACGCUAAAAUCUAUGGGAGGGAUUCACGGGGUGGCUCAGAAGCUACUGGUGAGCCUCGACGAUGGAGUCUCCAAAGACGAGAUCGACAAGAGGAAGGAAGCUUUCGGGUCCAACAUGUACGAGGAGAAGCCGCCGAAAGGAUUCUGGGUGUUCGUGUGGGAGGCCAUGCACGACUUGACGCUGGCGAUUCUCGGCUUUUGCGCGAUCCUCUCGCUGGUGAUCGGUGUGCUCACGGAAGGCUGGAAGGAAGGGUGGUACGAUGGAACUGGCAUUGCGCUCAGCAUUAUUCUCGUGGUUUUCGUCACUGCUGCAAGCGACUACCAGCAGUCUCUCCAGUUCAGGGAUCUCGACAAAGAGAAGAAGAACAUACUUGUACAGGUGACAAGGAACCACAAGCGGCAGAAGGUUUCCAUCUUCGAUCUUGUUGUUGGAGACGUGGUGCAUCUUUCCAUCGGCGAUCAAGUUCCAGCGGACGGGCUGUUUAUCUCCGGGUACUCGCUGGUGAUCGACGAGUCGUCCAUGACCGGGGAGAGUGAACCACAGCAUGUCGGGAAGAAUAAACCGUUUUUGCUUUCGGGGACGAAAGUUCAGGAUGGCUCGGCACUGAUGCUCGUCACGGGUGUUGGAAUGAACACGGAGUGGGGGCACCUGAUGGCUGUGCUGGGUGAAGGUGGUGACGACGAGACUCCUUUGCAAGUAAGGCUCAAUGGAGUGGCGACUUUGAUCGGGAAAAUCGGCCUCGGCUUUGCGGUCGUGACUUUCCUCGUCUUGCUCCUGAGGUUUUUGAUCAAGAAGAGGUUCCAGCUGGUUACUCAUGACGCUCUCGAGAUCGUCAACUUCUUCGCCAUCGCCGUGACUAUCAUCGUCGUUGCUGUGCCCGAAGGCCUCCCGCUUGCGGUGACGCUUACUCUGGCGUACGCGAUGAAGAAGAUGAUGAGGGACAAGGCCCUGGUGAGGCAUCUGUCCGCUUGCGAAACGAUGGGAUCGGCGACUUGCAUAUGCAGCGACAAGACUGGAACUUUAACGACAAACCACAUGACUGUGGUGAAGUCAUGGAUUGGUGGAAGAGUUUGGAGCGAGUCAAGGCCGGAAGUCUGUGCUGAACUUCACGAGCUGGUGCUUGAGAACUGCUUUCAGAACACAAGUGGAGACGUCGGCGAUGGAGAGGGAGGCAAGCCGGACCUGAUAGGAACUCCGACCGAGACUGCGGUUCUAUCGUUUGGUAUCAGCCUGGGAGGUAACUUCAAGGACGUGAGAAGCCAGUCGAGCAUUCUCAAGGUUGAGCCGUUCAACUCGGCGAAGAAAAGAAUGGGGGUGCUGGUAAAGGGCGGCCAUGGAACCAUCCGUGCUCACUGGAAAGGUGCUUCGGAGAUUGUCCUGGGCAUGUGUGACAAGUACCUCGACACCGAAGGCAACGUUUGUCCCAUAGACGAGAAGAAAUACCGCGAGCUCAAGGGAAUUAUCACGACUUUCGCCGACGAGGCUCUGAGGACGCUGUGCAUGGCGUUCCGAGAACUGGAGAGCGAGCCUGCUGAAGAUAAACUUCCCGAUAAUGGCUUCACCUGCAUUGGAAUCGUCGGUAUCAAGGAUCCGGUAAGGCCAGGAGUGAGGGAGGCCGUCCAGCUUUGCUUCGCAGCUGGUAUCAAGGUUCGAAUGGUAACGGGUGACAACAUCAACACCGCGGUUGCCAUUGCUCGAGAGUGUGGCAUCCUCACAGACGGUGAAGCGAUUGAAGGGCCCGACUUUCGUCGCCUCAGCACCGAAGAGAUGAGAAAGUUGAUUCCCAGCUUGCAGGUUAUGGCAAGAUCCUCUCCAACUGACAAACACACUCUCGUAAGAGAAUUGCGAGCUCUGGAUGAAGUGGUUUCCGUAACUGGCGAUGGAACCAACGACGCUCCGGCUUUACAUGAAGCAGACGUUGGCUUGGCCAUGGGAAUUGCUGGAACGGAGGUAGCAAAGGAGAGCGCUGAUAUAGUUAUUCUAGACGACAAGUUCAACACUAUAGUGGUGGUAGCAAAAUGGGGCCGCUCGGUCUACACAAACAUCCAAAAGUUUGUCCAGUUCCAGCUUACAGUGAACCUUGUGGCCCUCGUGUUGAAUUUUACAUCUGCUUGCAUCACAGGGACGGCUCCGCUCACUGCUGUGCAGCUACUGUGGGUGAAUCUGAUCAUGGACACGUUGGGUGCUCUUGCUCUGGCAACCGAGCCACCGACGGAUGAUCUGAUGAAGAGAACACCCGUUGGACGUAAAGGAUCCUUUAUAAGCACCGUCAUGUGGAGGAACAUAGCAGUCCAGGUCGUUUAUCAGCUCGUCGUUCUUAAUGUUCUCCUGUACAAGGGAAAAGACAUUCUCGGCUACGACACCUUGACGCUCAACACCCUCAUCUUCAAUGUUUUCGUGUUCUGCCAGGUAUUCAACGAGCUGAAUGCGAGAGACAUGGAGAAGCUCAACGUUUUCAAGCACACCUUCAACAACAUAACUUUCCUCCUGGUGAUCCUCUUCACGGUGGUUUUCCAGACCAUUCUGGUGGAGUUCCUGGGCAAGCUGGCCGACACCACCCCGCUAAAUGCAAAGCAGUGGGGGAUCAGCGUGCUGCUCGGGGCCAUCGGCGUGCCACUGGCAAUGCUCGGCAAGCUCAUUCCAGUCCCGGCAGAAUCGUCGUGCUUCUCCUCGCAUUCCAGCGACAACGACGAAGAGGACAACGAUGGCUACCAGCCCUUGCCGCAGAGCGCAUGAAACUCCACCCUCUCUGCGAAGUUGGCGAGAGUGGAAGAAGAAGAAGAAAAAAAGGAGAGCUUCACCAAGAGAAAGGGAGCUAAGUUUUGUUUCCUCACCGUUUCCAGGAAACUUUGAUUUCCAGGGACGAAAGCAAGCAAGCUUGUCAAUGGAAUGCAAAGUUUGCCGCUUGAUUA